CCCCGAGGAGGCGCGAGGGACCUGGCGAAGGUCCGGUCCUCGGGGCCCCGAGCUGAAGCGGGAAGGGGGUCCGGCGCUGCGGGGCAGGGAGGCAAGAUGACUUCUCUCCCCCAGGCCUGGAACAGCUGAAGGAAACCACCGUGCAAGAUGAGAACCACAAAGGUCUACAAACUGGUCAUCCACAAGAAGGGCUUUGGGGGCAGCGAUGAUGAGCUGGUCAUGAACCCCAAAGUGUUUCCUCACAUCAAGCUUGGAGACAUUGUGGAGAUUGCUCACCCCAACGAUGAGUACAGCCCUCUGCUUUUGCAAGUCAAGUCACUUAAGGAAGAUUUACAGAAAGAAACUAUCAGUGUGGACCAGACCGUGACCCAAGUGUUUCGUCUAAGACCUUAUCAAGAUGUCUAUGUGAAUGUCGUAGACCCUAAGGAUGUGACCCUUGAUCUAGUGGAGCUAACCUUUAAGGAUCAAUAUAUUGGCCGUGGGGAUAUGUGGAGACUAAAGAAAAGUUUGGUCAGCACAUGCGCCUAUAUCACUCAGAAGGUGGAAUUUGCUGGCAUCAGGGCACAGGCUGGUGAGCUGUGGGUCAAGAAUGAGAAGGUCAUGUGUGGUUAUAUCAGUGAAGAUACCAGGGUGGUGUUCCGUUCUACGUCGGCUAUGGUUUACAUAUUUAUUCAGAUGAGCUGUGAAAUGUGGGAUUUUGAUAUUUAUGGGGAUCUGUAUUUUGAGAAAGCUGUGAAUGGUUUCCUUGCCGAUCUCUUUACCAAGUGGAAGGAGAAGAACUGUAGUCAUGAAGUGACAGUGGUCCUAUUUUCUAGAACUUUCUAUGAUGCAAAAUCGCUUGAUGAAUUUCCCGAGGUAAACCGAGCCUCAAUUCGGCAGGAUCACAAGGGGCGAUUCUAUGAAGACUUUUAUAAAGUGGUGGUGCAGAAUGAGAGGAGAGAAGAGUGGACGUCACUCCUGGUGACCAUUAAAAAGCUCUUCAUCCAGUAUCCAGUGUUGGUGCGACUGGAACAGGCAGAGGGCUUCCCUCCAGGAGACAAUUCUACCUCAGCACAAGGGAACUACCUAGAGGCCAUCAACCUGUCCUUCAACGUGUUUGACAAGCACUAUAUCAACCGCAACUUUGACCGAACUGGGCAGAUGUCCGUGGUGAUCACGCCUGGGGUGGGUGUGUUCGAAGUGGACCGUCUACUCAUGAUCCUGACCAAGCAGCGGAUGAUAGAUAACGGAAUUGGUGUGGACUUGGUGUGCAUGGGGGAGCAGCCGUUACAUGCCGUCCCGUUGUUCAAGCUGCAUAACCGGAAUGCUCCUUGCGAUUCCCGUCUGGGCGACGACUAUAAUAUUCCUCACUGGAUCAACCACAGUUUCUACACCUCCAAAAGCCAGCUCUUUUGUAACAGUUUCACCCCCCGGAUAAAACUGGCCGGAAAGAAGCCUGCCUCCGAGAGAGCGAAAAAUGGCCGUGACACGUCUCUUGGGACUCCAAAAGAAGCUGAGAAUGCCCUUCCCAUCCAAGUGGACUACGAUGCCUACGACGCUCAAGUGUUCAGGCUGCCAGGCCCAUCCCGGGCUCAGCGCCUCGCCACCUGCAGGUCUGUGCGCGAGCAGGAGAGUCACAGUCGAAAGAGUGCCAGCUCCUGCGACGUCUCCUCCAGCCCUUCCGUGCCCAGCCGGGCGCUGCCCACGGAGGAAGUGAGGAGCCAGGCUUCCGAUGACAGCUCCCUGGGCAGGAGCGCCAACAUCCUCAUGAUCCCUCUCCCCCACCUGCACCAGUAUGAAGUCAGCAGCUCCUUGGGCUACACCAGCACGCGAGAUGCCCUGGAGAACAUGGUGGAGCCGCCGCAGCGAGACUCCAGCGCGCCAGGGCGGUUCCACGUGGGCAGCGCAGAAUCCAUGCUGCACGUUCGACCAGGGGGCUGCGCACCCCAGCGGGCGCUGAUCAACCCCUUCGCCCCCUCCCGGAUGCCCAUGAAGCUCACGUCCAACAGGAGGCGCUGGAUGCACACCUUCCCUGUGGGUGAGUUGGUGGCUCAGGAAAGAGCCGUGGCCGGGCGCUCCCAGGCCUGGUCCUCAGCACCAACAAACCACAGGGCUGCGGUCAAGCACAGCUCCUCCCGCCAGCCUGGCGACGGCAUGUCCUUCUUGAACUUCGGUGGGACGGAAGAGCUUGCUGCCGGCCUGCUUAGCAACAGCGGCGCAGGGAUGAACCCCAGGACCCAGAAUAAGGAUUCGCUAGAGGACAGUGUCUCUACCUCUCCCGACCCAAUGCCAGGCUUCUGUUGCACAGUUGGAGUGGACUGGAAGUCUCUCACGACUCCGGCGUGCCUCCCCCUCACCACCGACUACUUCCCCGACCGCCAGGGCCUGCAGAACGACUACACGGAGGGCUGUUACGACCUCCUCCCGGAAGCGGACAUGGACAGGAGGGACGAGGAGGGUGUGCAGAUGACGGCCCAGCAGGUGUUCGAAGAGUUCAUCUGCCAGCGUCUCAUGCAGGGCUAUCAGAUCAUAGUGCAGCCCAAGGCGCAGAAACCCAACCCCGCCGUCCCACCCCCACUGAGCAGCAGCCCCCUGUACAGCCGAGGCCUGGUGUCCCGAAACCGCCCUGAGGAGGAGGACCAGUACUGGCUGAGCAUGGGCCGCACGUUCCACAAAGUGACCCUGAAGGACAAGAUGAUCACAGUGACGCGCUACCUGCCCAAGUACCCUUACGAAUCGGCCCAGAUCCACUACACCUACAGCCUGUGCCCUUCCCACUCGGACUCGGAGUUCGUGUCCUGCUGGGUGGAAUUCUCCCACGAACGGCUGGAGGAGUACAAGUGGAACUACUUAGAUCAGUACAUCUGCUCCGCCGGCUCGGAGGACUUCAGCUUAAUCGAGUCUCUGAAGUUCUGGAGGACCCGCUUCCUGCUGCUGCCCGCCUGUGUCACUGCCACCAAGCGCAUCACGGAGGGCGAAGCCCACUGCGACAUCUAUGGGGACCGGCCCCGGGCCGACGAGGAGGAGUGGCAGCUGCUGGAUGGCUUUAUCCGCUUCGUGGAGGGCCUGAACCGCAUCCGCCGGCGCCACCGCUCAGAUCGCAUGAUGCGGAAAGGGGCCGCCAUGAAAGGCUUACAGAUGGCGGGGCCCAUUUCCACGCACUCCCUCGAGGCGGCCGGCCCCCCGGUUGGGAAGAAGGGAACCUCGGCCCUGUCUGCCCUGUUGGAGAUGGAGGCCAGCCAGAAGUGCCUGGGAGAGCAGCAGGCAGCUGUGCACGGUGGCAAGAGCUCCGCCCAGCCCGCCGAGAGCAGCAGCAGCGUUGCCAUGACUCCCACCUACGUGGACAGCCCGAGAAAGGACGGGGCCUUCUUUAUGGAGUUUGUCCGCAGUCCGCGCACAGCGUCGUCUGCCUUCUACUCGCAGGUGUCUGUGGACCAGACGGCCGUCCCGGGGUUGGACGGCACCAGCUUGGGGAUAAGCACAGGCCAGUCCGCAGACAGAGGCAACAGCCAGACCUUCGGGAGCUCCCAGAACGCGGGGGAGCAGAGCUUCACCUCCGCGAACCCCAGUGACAGCAGCUCUCAGCAGGUGCUGGCAAGCUCCUUGACGUCGGCCUCCACCCUGGCUGAGAUCCUGGAAGCCAUGAAGCACCCCUCGACAGGCGUCCAGCUGCUCUCGGAACAAAAGGGCCUCUCGCCCUCCUGCUUCAUCAGCGCGGAGGUGGUGCACUGGCUAGUGAACAACGUGGAGGGCGUCCAGACGCCGGCCAUGGCCAUCGACAUCAUGCAGGUGAGACAGCCCGGGCGGGGCCGCAGAACCGUCUGCUCGGGCCGGGGAAGCCAGAGCCCGUCUCUGAAGGGGCCGCCCUUUCCAGCAGCGAGGUCUGGAGGGGAGGUGAGGAUCUGCUUUUUAAUAAGUAUGAGGACUGUCUGGAAUCGAGGAAGGAGCUUGUCUUGCUUUGAAAGACACGACUUAAAAAUCUGGAUUGCUAUCCUCUUGGGGAUCACUUUUCCUCAGUCCGUAAGAAAACAGGCCUUCGUGCCCAAGGCGCUUUCUCUCCCUUCUGCUUCCCCAGUGGCUGUGCAGCAGCCCACCACCUGGCACACGCCCGCGGUGGACGACUUCGCCAGCUUCCAGCGCAAGUGGUUUGAGGUGGCCUUCGUGGCCGAAGAGCUCUUGCACUCAGAGAUCCCGGCCUUCCUCCUGCCCUGGCUGCCGAGCCGGCCGGCCUCCUACGCGAGCAGGCACAGCUCCUUCAGCCGCAGCUUCGGAGGACGGAGCCAGGCCGCUGCGCUUUUAGCUGCCACCGUCCCGGAGCAGAGGACUGUGACGCUGGACGUGGACGUGAACAACCGAACAGACCGGCUGGAGUGGUGCAGCUGCUAUUACCAUGGCAACUUCUCCCUGAACGCGGCCUUCGAGAUCAAGCUGCACUGGAUGGCAGUGACCGCUGCGGUCCUCUUCGAGAUGGUCCAAGGGUGGCAUCGCAAAGCCACCUCCUGCGGCUUUUUGCUGGUCCCGGUUCUGGAGGGUCCCUUUGCGCUGCCCAGUUACCUGUACGGCGACCCGCUUCGAGCCCAGCUCUUCAUCCCGCUCAACGUCAGCUGUCUGCUCAAGGAGGGCAGCGAGCACCUGUUCGAUAGCUUUGAACCGGAAACGUACUGGGACCGCAUGCACCUCUUCCAGGAAGCCAUCGCGCACAGGUUUGGGUUUGUGCAAGAUAAAUAUUCUGCGUCUGCUUUUAACUUCCCAGCUGAGAACAAGCCUCAGUACAUCCAUGUCACAGGCACCGUGUUCCUGCAGCUGCCCUACUCCAAGCGCAAGUUCUCGGGGCAGCAGCGCCGGCGGCGCAACUCCACCAGCUCCGCCAACCAGAACAUGUUCUGUGAGGAGCGGAUCGGCUACAACUGGGCCUACAACACCAUGCUGACCAAGACCUGGCGCUCCAGUGCCACGGGUGACGAGAAGUUCGCCGACCGGCUGCUGAGGGACUUCACCGACUUCUGCGUCAACCGCGACAACAGGCUGGUCACGUUCUGGGCGAGCUGCCUGGAGAAGAUGCAUGCCAGCGCCCCCUGAGACGGGCGGCGUGGGUCAGAGGAUGGGAGGAUGCCCGUCUGCUACUGAUAUGCAACGGGAUCAGCCAGGCUCUGGGCGUCGAUGGCAGUUUGCCACCGUCAGUGGGCGGGGGCCGCCGCCGCUUCCCCACCGUGUUCUUCCGCUCGAGGAGAAGGAUUCUGGAAGCAGCUAGCGCCCGCCCAGAGCAG